AUUCCCAAUUAAUCCAAUCCAAUAACAAAAUGUUCCGCAUAAGCAACACAUUGGUUGGUACCUUAAACAUACUAACCUUAUUGUUAUCACUCUCUGCCUUGGGUGGUUCUGCCUACAUUCACUUCCACAAAACCGACUGCCUCAAAGUGUUGAUGUAUCCUCUCCUCUUCGGCGCCGUCUUCAUUUUCGUCGUAUCGGUUCUCGGAAUAACUGGUUCAAUGUUCCGUAUUAAUGAGGCUCUAUAUGCAUACCUUCUUGCCACUUUCUUUAUUAUACUGGGCUUCAUGUUGUUUACUGUUUUUGCAUUGUUUGUCACUAAUGGUCAAAAGUUGUCUCAUAAAGGAAUUCGGGAGUAUAGAGUUGCGGAUUUUUCCCUUUGGUUGCAACAAUAUGUUAUUAAUGACAAAAAUUGGAAUGAUAUUAAGACUUGUUUGGUGGGUGUAGGUUUCUGUCAACGGAAUCACUCCGUAGUCGCGCAGAUUGGAUGUUGUAAACCACCUUUGCAAUGUGGAUUCACAAUGAAAAAUGCAACAUUCUGGGAAGUACCGAAAACAGGUCCAUUAGUGAACGAUACAGAUUGCAGGACAUGGAAAAAUAGGCAGGACAAGCUAUGUUACGAUUGCAAUUCAUGCAAAGGAGAAGUGCUUGCCAACAUAAGGAACCAAUGGAGAUAUCUCACUAUAUUCAAUGUUUGUGUGCUUAUACUUCUCACUACCAUAUAUGUCUUAGGUUGCUAUGCCAUCAGGAACAAUCGAAUAGACCAACAUUUGGAGUACCAUCCAUACGGAAUCACCCAUUAUAUAUAA